AUGACGUCAUUUCCUCCCCCUAAGACAAGAUGUCCAGGAACCAGACCAUUAAUCCUCUCCUGUUUUCAGCCAGUAAUACCUCUGGUUAUGAUGGUUUUGAGCCUCCAGCAGUUCUUAUUCCUCCCUUACGUAAUGGUGAUAGAGGUAUGGGAGGACCGGAUGGCGUUCAGGAGCAGAUUCAUCCGGCGGCUGCUCAACUAGACGCGUCGGCUGAAGAAAAAUCCCCUGGUGAUGGGCACAGCGGAGUGGAUCCCAGAAUGGCCUCACGGUUCACGAUUCCCUCCGAGGCGACCACAGCGAACGUCUUCUCCAGUGCUCCUCGGCCCGUCACCCCGUCCACGCACCCAGCCCCGAGUGCCGCACCUUCCCCGCGGCCGUAUCCCUCUGCCACACUCACCACUAGCCCCCAUUGUGUUCCUUCACCCGGUAGAUUAAUGUCGAAGGGUCUGCUUACCGGGUCUGUUCCUCCUGACCACGUGCUACCCUAUGCUCCUCCUCAAUUGGUUAAUCUGCCACCUUUUAACACACCAUCUGGUGGCCCACCAUUCUCUGCCACACCAUCUGUUGGCCCACCAUUCUCUGCCACACUACCUGUUGGCCCACCAUUCUCUGCCACACUACCUGUUGGCCCACCAUUCUCUGCCACACCAUCUGUUGGCCCACCAUUCUCUGCCACACCAUCUGUUGGCCCCACCAUUCUCUGCCACACUACCUGUUGGCCCUACCAUUCUCUCUGCCACACACUACCUGUUGGCCCACCAUUCUCUGCCACACCAUCUGUUGGCCCACCUUUCUCUGCCACACCAUCUGUAGGCCCACCAUUCUCUGCCCCACCACCUGUUGGCACACCUCCCACUACCACACCUGUCGGCCCUGCCACUCUGCCACACCUGUCGGCCCUGCACCGUCUACCACACACUGGAAAUCUGAUACCCCAUACCACCGAACAGAUACCCAUGACCAGUGUUUCGUCUCCAGUGCCCGGUCUGCCCUUCGGAGCGACGCCUCUGGAUGCGGGGUUGAGUAACGUCAGUCUCCAGGCCGAGAAAUCCAGUGCCGCCUUCCUGACCCCGACUCCAACGCCCCCUGGGAUGUUGUACGCGCCCCCGGACCAGGCGGCUGUGAUUCCUCCGUCUUUUGAGAAUAUGGUGAGGAUCUGUCGUCGAGCUUUGGUUCGGCGGAUUUCAUUCAGUUAG